CCAGGUGGCCCAGGCUGUUGGCCGGAUUGGGAGUAGCUCCGACCCACCAGAACACCACACCGCCCGGCAGUUUAUCAGAUUAGGUCCCAGUUUGGUAUCAAACACCAAGAAACCAAUGGAUAUCAGCGCCGUCAGCCCUUAGGUACCUACAUGGCAUCUCGUUCGUAACUUUCGAGGCGGCUUCCUUCCAGACAUGCCGCGCCAACGAUGGCUCUCGUGACCCCGUACACCUUCAUCCAAUGCCCCUGCUCCGACCUGUCCUCCCAAGGAGAGCCAGUCGCAGGUUCUCUCACAGAGACCGAGCAUGACGACGACGAUCGCACCUUUGACCCGCGGGCCCCGCGCUCUAAUUACAGCUUGUACCCCCUAGAAUAUCUGCUGUACUGUGAAGAUUGCCACCAGAUCCGAUGUCCCCGCUGUGUUGCCGAGGAAAUUGUCACAUACUAUUGCCCCAGCUGUCUGUUUGAGGUGCCGGCCAGCAACCUCAAGAGCGAGGGCAACAGAUGCACGCGCAGUUGCUUCCAAUGCCCCCUCUGCAUCGGCCCCCUCUCCGUGACCAGCCUCGAGGCAGCUCCAGACCCCAGCCUUCUUACCGCUGACAACGCAUCUGCGCCGUCAGGCCCCUACAUCUUGGCUUGCUCCUACUGCAACUGGAGCAGCACCGAGAUCGGCAUCAAGUUCGACAAACCCAAUGGUAUCUACGCACAGCUACAGAAGCUCCGCAACGGGGGCCACGCGCGCCUGACGGCCAAGGAACGCAAGGAGCGCCGGAAAGAGGCCGGCCAGGGAACUGCCUCGACCCAAUCGGAGACGGCGAAGAAUGAGACCCUCGAUGUGGAGACGCAGUUCGAGAACCUGAAGGCAUUCCACCAGAGCCAGCUAUCCGAAGCCAGCUCCGUCGCCACGGGGCUCUCCUCUCUCGGCGACCUGGGCAUCUCAUCCCCAGGCUCCCUGGCGCGCAUAAUGAGCCUCUACUCGGGCGACAGCCUGCACAGCAAGAAGAACAAGGCCCGGGCAGGCCCCAUGCGCGAAGCCCUCGACAGCGACGAGGGCCUGCAGGUGGUCGAUCUGGACGAGAGCGGCGCCAUCGAGGCCCUCCGCGCGGCCGGGUGGGAGGGCACCAACUCGACCGAGCAGCUGGCCGCGCAGGGCGGGAACCCACUGGGGGAGCCGCCGCUGUACGGGCGCACCCGGCUGGCCUCGGAGCUGCGGCCCGUGCCCGUGCUCCUGCGCACCAAGCGCUCCAAGCGCUGCCCCGUCUGCCGGCACAUCAUCAGCAAGCCCGAGGCCAAGGUGCUGAGCACGCGCUUCCGCAUCCGCCUCGUCGCCGGCAGCUACAUCCCCAGCAUCUCCAUCCGGCCCCUCGGCGCUCCUCCUCCUACGACCUCCUCCUCUGCCGCCGCCGCCGCAGCUGCUGCCGCUGCUGCUUCCGGGGUCCUACAGCCGCUCAAGCCGGUGCAGUACCUCCUCACCUUCAAGAACCCCAUCUUCGAGUCCGUCAAGGUGACCCUCGCCACGCCCGCCGCGACGCCCGGGCGCUUCGCCAGCAAGGUGACGGUGCUAUGCCCGCAGUUCGACAUCGACGCCAACACGGACGUGUGGGACGAGGCCCUCAAGGAUGGCGAGCGGGACCGGGACGCGCGGCGCGGCGGCACCGGCACCGUUGCCGCUGCCGCUGCCGGCCAGCUUCACCACCGCCACCCGCACGGCCACCAGGCCGAGGCCGGCAAGAUCUGGGAGCGUGGCCGCAACUGGGUGAGCAUCGUCGUCGAGGUCGUGCCCGCGUCGCUGCGGGCGCUCGGGGGCGGCGGUGGCGGUGAUGAUGCCUCGCCGCCGAGGGAGGGCGAGGAUCUGCUGGAGAUACCCAUGUUUGUGCGGGUCGAGUGGGAGGUGGACACCGGCGGCGACGAGGUUGGCAGCACGCCGGCCGUGGCGGGGGCGGGCAGGGACAAGGAUAACACCAAGGAGAGGCGGGAACUUGCGUACUGGUGCGUGCUUGGGAUUGGGCGCAUUAGCCAGGAGUAACUUGGUUGGAACUAUGUACUACGUUGUUGGUAGGUACGAUAAAUACGAUACCCCUUCUAAA